GUCGCGACACACAGUUAAAUGACUUAUGACGUCAUGAACUUUGAUAAACUGCUAUCGAAGUGCGGCGAUGCGGGUCGCUAUCAGUACCUAAUGCUGCUGCUGCUCGGCUACAUCGCCUUCACCAGCACCGUGCACUACUAUUCGCAGAAUAUAAUUGGCUUUGUGCCCCAGCAUUGGUGUUUCCACGAGCAGCUGGCGGAUCGUAGCUUUGAUCAAAUCGCCGCCGUCUAUGCGGCUUAUGGCAAGGCGGCAUCUUGUACGCGUCUCGAGAGCGUUGAGUUCGUAGAUGGCAGCGACGCUGCGCCGAGGGUAACGCUGAGCAAUCAGACAUGCGAGCGUUGGAUAUACAAAUACGAUUACGGAUUUCGCAGCAUGAACGCCGAGCUCAACUGGGUUUGCCAACAUGCGUACAAAGCGCGCAUAGGACAAUCGCUGUUCUUCAUUGGCUCACUGCUGGGCACUUUCAUCUUUGGCAUGCUGGGCGAUCGCAUUGGACGCGUGCGCGCCGUAAUCCUGGCCAAUCAGUGCGGCUUUGUGGGCGACUUUCUGACCACCUAUGCUUCCAAUCUGACACAGUUUAGUGCCUUUCGCUGCAUCUCCGGCUUUGCAGCGACUGCCAACUAUUAUCUCAUGUUUAUUUUGGUGCUGGAGUAUCUGGCGCCCAGAUUACGCAAUUUGGCGCUUGCCGGCACGCUGGGACUUUGCUGCUGCUUGGGUGGACUUGUGGCGCCGUGGCUAUCAGUGCUGGCGGGCAAUUGGCGCAUCUAUUUGACGUUCUCAGCGCUGCUGCAGUUGAUUGUGGCGCUCUUUUACUUUGUGGUGCAGGAGAGCGCGCAGUGGCUAAUAACACGCAAUAAUGUUGAAGGCGCCAUCGCCAGACUGAAGCACAUAGCUCAUUUUAAUGGACGCCAGGUGCCAGCUGCUGACUUUGAAGCGUUCAGAGUGCACUGCGCCAGCAAAUCCACGCCGCAGUCUCAACAGCAGCAGAAAGCGACGCUGCUCGAUCUGCUGCAGCUGCCGCAUCUGCGCCGCACCGCUUUGAUUGUGGUAUUUACUUUCAUGCUGACUUCGCUUAGCUUCAACACCAUUUCACGCAAUGUGGAGGGUCUGGGUCUGUCGCCAUUUGUCAUCUUCUCGCUUUUUGCUGUUGUGGUGGUACCUUCGGGUUUUUUGCAGGGUGCGCUGCAGAGUCGUUUGGGCCGCAAGGCCACCUGCUUUCUUGCCUUCCUCACCACUGGGCUGCUGUCCUUUGGUCUUGCGCUGGCGCUCAGCAAUGAGCAGAACAAUGCCACGCUGCUGCUGCUCUUUGCGCUGCCCACGCGUCUGGGCAUCUCCAUGUGCUACACUGGCACCUCCCAGUACUGCUCCGAGCUGCUGCCCACUUGCGUGCGCUCCCGCGGCAUGGCCACGGCCCAUCUAGCCGCAGCUGCUGCUUCAUUCAGCUCGCCCUAUCUCAUACACUUGGGCACAUCCUUUGCCGCUGCUCCGCCAUUUAUACUCACAGCUUUGCUGCUAGUUGCGGCUUUCUCUACGCUACAGCUGCCGGAAACGAAUAACAGGCAACUGCCUAUAACGCUGGCGGAGGGUGAGGCGUUUGGCAAGGGCGAGUCCAUGCUGAGCUUCGAUUGCUGGCGGCCGCACGAUGACGAUUUGGACAAACAGCCUGCGGAACAGCUCAAACUACAGCAGCGACAAACAACGGAAAUUGCAGCGGAAGCGGAAGUGGCAGCUUAACAUCGAUUGCGGUUCGAUACACACACACAAAAUGAAUGCCAAGUGUUUGCUUGAUAGUUGUGAAAUUUGCUUUAUUUAAUUGAUUUGAUUGUUUUUUUUGGGUCACAAUUGUUAACACAAUUUCAACUUAUACAAGUGACUCGCAAAGUGUGUAACUAUGUGUGUGUGUGUGUGUGUGUGUGUAUGCGCUUUAAAAUACACACGCAAUACAAAAAGUAAAGUGUACAA